AUGCAGUAUGCAGACGAUAUUAUACUUCUACAUAAGGCUCAUACUUUGAAUGAGGCUAUUGAUAAAAUGAAUAUAACAAUGCAACUCUUCCAUAACUGGUGCACAUCGUUAGGGUUUGUUUUGUCAGAAAAUAAAAGUACAAUAAGCCUCUUUACAAGACAUAGGAAGUCUAUAAUUCCAGACUAUAUCAGCAUAAGCAAUUAUGUUCUGAAGGUUGAACCUACAAUUAGAUGCCUCGGGCUACUUAUUGAUGACAAAUUAAAGUGGAAACCACACAUUGAUUAUCUAGUCUCUAAAUGUGAAGAAGCACUGAAUAUUCUCAGGUUUCUUAAUCACAUAAAUUAUGGUGCUGAUAUCAAGAUUUCUCUUAGAAUAUAUAAGCAAUUAAUACUAUCUAAGUUGGAUUAUGGUAGUUUCAUAUAUGGCGACGCAUCCAAAAGUGUACUUAGCAAACUAGACAUAAUUCAAAACAAAGCUUUGAGGUCUUGUUUGGGGGUCAUGCGUUCCACGCCUAUCAAUGCGUUACAUGUUGAAGCUAACAUAUAUCCUUUACACUUGAGAAGGAGGUUAUUGGCUUCAAACUUUAUCAUAGAUAGAAUGAAAUUUAACAACGUAGUAUUAAAGAAUGUGAAUCAGAUCAAUAAUGAACUGAACAGCCCUACUGGAGAAAUAGGAAGAGGCCUAUACUAA